UCAGGGGAAGCAGCGACCGAUCCAGCAGCGCCAACGCGACGAACCGGGACGAGAGAAGAGGAGGUUAACGAGAUCGAUCACCACGCAGGGGGAAGAGGAAGGAAGGAAAGCAUCGGAUCAAUCAAGCAGAGACUAAAUGCCUCAGGACGACGACGAGAGCAUCGCGUGGGUGGUGGCGGACGGCGCCGGGGACGCGCCGGCGGUGCUGCUCCACGGCAGCCUUGACAUCUGGAUCCACGACGCGCACAACCUGCCCAACAAGGACAUCCUCUCCAAGACCGUGCGCGACCUCAUCUGCAAGAAGUCCAAGGCCUCCGAGGCGAUGACCAGCGACCCCUACGUGACAGUGCAGGUGGGCUCCGCCGUGGUGGCCCGCACCUUCGUGAUCCCCGACAACGAGAACCCCGUCUGGUCGCAGCACUUCGUGGUGAACGUGGCGCACGAGGCCGCCGCCGUCAACUUCGUCGUCAAGGACAGCGACGUCGUCGGCGCGGAGCUCAUCGGCGUCGUCUCCAUCCGCGCCGACCGCCUCAAGACCGGGGAGAGGGUCGAGGGCACGUACCCGGUCCUGGAGCGCAACGGCAAGGAGUGCGCGCCGGGCGCCGUGCUGCGGCUGUCGGUGCUGUACGUGCCCGUGGCGAGGCUCACCAUGUACCACCACGGCGUCACCCCGGGCCCGGACUUCGCCGGCGUGCCCAGGACGUACUUCCCGCUGCGCCGAGGAGGGAGGGUCACGCUGUACCAGGACGCGCACGUGCCCGACGGUACCCUGCCGGAGAUCAGGCUCGGGGACGGCGCCUGCUACCGGCACGGCCAGUGCUGGCGCGACGUCUACGACGCCAUCUCCCAGGCGAGGAGGCUCAUCUACAUCACCGGGUGGUCCGUGUUCCACACCAUCCACCUGGUGCGCGACGGCACCGGCGGCAUGCCGCUGGGCGAUCUGCUCAGGAGGAAGUCGCAGGAGGGCGUGCGGGUGCUGCUGCUCGUCUGGGACGAUCCCACGUCCCGGAGCGUCCUUGGCAUCAAGAUGGAAGGCUACAUGGGCACGCGGGAUGAAGAGACACGUAGAUUUUUCAAGCAUUCUUCAGUUAAGAUACUGCUUUGCCCACGAUCUGCUGGGAAAAGGCACAGCUGGGUGAAGCAACAGGAAACAGGGACUAUAUUUACUCAUCAUCAGAAAACAGUGAUCGUGGAUGCUGAUGCCGGGAACCAUACAAGGAAGAUUGUUGCUUUUGUCGGAGGCCUUGAUUUAUGCGGAGGCAGAUACGAUACACCAAGACAUACUCUGUUUCAUACUCUUCAGACAUUUCACAAGGAGGACUAUUACAACCCAAACUUUGCGGUUGAAGAUGCCCGUGGCCCAAGAGAGCCAUGGCAUGACUUGCAUUCCAAGAUCGAUGGUCCGGCAGCAUAUGAUGUCCUGAAAAACUUUGAGGAGCGGUGGUUAAAGGCAUCAAAGCGCAGUGGGGCUAAGAAAUUGUCGAAAUCGCGUAAUGAUACAUUGCUCUGGAUUGAAAAGAUACCUGAUAUUGCAGCUAUUGACGAUGAAGUCUAUUCAAAUGACAAUGAUCCAGAGAGAUGGGAUGUUCAGAUUUUCCGAUCAAUUGAUUCAAACUCUGUCAAGGGUUUUCCAAAAGACCCGCGAGAAGCCACCAGCAAGAAUCUUGUUUGUGGGAAAAAUGUAUUGAUUGAUAUGAGUGUCCAUACAGCUUACGUGAAUGCAAUCCGAGGUGCUCAACAUUUCAUCUACAUUGAGAACCAGUAUUUCCUUGGUUCUUCAUUCAAUUGGGGUUCGCAUAAAGAUGUCGGUGCUAAUAAUUUGAUACCCAUUGAGAUAGCACUCAAAAUUGCUAACAAGAUUUAUGCGAAUGAGAGAUUCUCAGCAUACAUAAUAAUCCCAAUGUGGCCUGAGGGUAACCCUACUGGUACUCCCACGCAAAGAAUUCUUUAUUGGCAGAAAAAGACAAUGCAAAUGAUGUAUGAGAUAAUUUAUAAGGCGUUGAAGGAAGUAGGAUUAGAUGGUAAAUAUGAACCGCAGGAUUACCUGAACUUCUUCUGCCUUGGUAAUCGUGAAGCUGAGGACACUUCUUGUUCUUCCAAUGGACCAUUCUCAGCCAGCAACCCACAGGUGAGACCGCAGGUUGUAGUUCGGUUUUCUCCUGCUGAUUGCAGCACACUUUCCAAGUGGGCAAAGCUGCACGCUGCAUUUUUCUUUGGGGAAAAAAAGAAUACAAUUAUGAUGAACUCAUGCUUCUCUCUCUCAACUUGGACAUUCAAUCAGGACCAAGCUCGGAAGAACAGGAGAUUUAUGAUUUAUGUGCACUCCAAAGGAAUGAUUGUGGAUGAUGAGUAUGUGAUCAUUGGGUCGGCUAACAUCAACCAGAGGUCCAUGGAAGGAACUAGAGAUACAGAGAUUGCAAUGGGUGCAUACCAACCACAACACACAUGGGCAAAUACACUUUCUGCCCCUCGUGGACAGAUUUUCGGGUACAGGAUGUCUUUGUGGGCGGAGCAUAUCGGAGCCAUCGAGGAGAGCUUCACCAGGCCAGAGAGCCUGGAGUGCAUGAGGCAGGUGCGGCACAUUGGGCAGCAGAACUGGGAGCAAUUCGUCUCCAGCCAUGUGACUAAGAUGAGGGGCCAUCUGCUCAAGUACCCCGUUAGUGUCGACCCCAAGGGUAAGGUGAAGCCUCUGCCCGGGUGUGCCACGUUCCCAGACCUCGGUGGGAACAUCUGCGGUUCGUUCCUGAACAUCCAAGAAAACCUCACGAUAUGAGCAUAAGCUUGUAGGUUGGGAAAGUCACUAGAGGUGCCGUUGAUGUGAUUCCUUGUCAGGACAAAAGAAAAUUCCAUGUUUCUUUUUGGAUUGAUCGAAGAGAUCACCUAGCUUUCUGUACAAAGGUCAUUAACAGAGAUUAAUACUUUAAUACUUCGUAACCAA